CCACAACAGUUUGGAUGUUCGUGCACUUCCGGAACUUUCGUAAUGGUUUUUCUGUGCAGAGCGCGUGCAGGGACCAACAGGACCGACCCUCCUCUUUUAGCAAGAAAACUGAUGAAUGAGUGAAAGCGGCCGAGCCUGCCCCGCAGCUCAACACCACUUCAGAAAGACCAGCUUUUCUUACUUGGAGGGACUGGCCGCAGAAACGGGGACGAAAGGUGUGUGCAGUGUGGCCAUGCUGAGGUAGCAGCAGCCUGCAGGUCAGGAUGUCUGAAGAAGAAGAGAAACGGCUGAAUGGGAGGACGACAGAGAAGGCGAUCUGUUACAUCAGUGAUGAAGACGAAGACAACGAUGGAGAUGACGAAGAUGAGGGGAUACCUGACCAGUCCCACAGUGCCCCCUUCAGCUCCGAGAAUGAGGCUCAGGGAGGCGACCCCGCUGUGUGGCAGUGCACUUCUCCCCCAUCUACCUCACCUUCGGGGGAGACGCCGGCCCACCCUCCCCCCUCCCAGCCUGCAUCUAGACCCCGCUCCAGGCCGGCCAGCCAAAGCCCCUCCCCUCCUUCCGCCCUGACAGGAACCAAGAAGAGGAGCUCCAAACCAGCACACAUGAGACGCAACAUCAGGAAGCUGCUGAGGGAGCAUCAGUUGGAGGCAGUGACCAAAGCCGUCCAGCAGGAGGAGCUGGAGAGGAGGCGACGUCUGGACCAGCAGAGAAAACAGGAUUUCCCCGUACCGUUGCUGCCUGAAUAUACAACUGGUGACGUGUCGAAGCAUGUGUCUUCAUCAUCAGCAUCAGCGGCAUCACAGCAAGAAGUGAAGUUGGCCAGACAGGAAGUGAUCUGCCUGGACUCCAGCAGCACUGGCAUCAGCGAGGACGACAGCAAGACUAACGUACCCACCUCUGUGACUGCAGAGCACAGACACAAAACAGAUGUGAUCGAUCUGAGCUCGGGCGAGGACGACACCAUCGUCCAUGUCAGCAGCGAGUCCCCCAACGAGGAAGAAGAAAGCGAGCCGAGCGGCGUACACGCCAACGACGCCCUCAACCGGCCAGACGCCCAGGGCAGGGUGCUGGUCAACUUGGGCCACCCAGCUGCAGAGACAGACAUUUUCCUGUCGCCUCAGCUGGCACAAGCAGUCAAACCUCACCAGAUCGGUGGAAUCCGUUUCCUGUACGACAACCUCGUGGAGUCGAUGGAGCGCUUUGGCAGCAGCAAUGGAUUCGGCUGUAUCCUCGCUCACAGCAUGGGCCUGGGCAAAACGCUGCAAGUCAUCUCCUUCAUCGACGUCCUGUUCAGACACACCCAGGCUCACACCGUGCUCGCCAUCGUACCUGUGAACACGUUGCAGAACUGGCUGUCAGAGUUCAACACCUGGGUCCCGCCCCCAGAGGCGUUACCUCCAGAUAACGACCCCAGACUGGUGACACCUCGCACCUUUAAGGUUCACAUCCUCAACGACGAACACAAGAACACAGCUACCAGGGCCAAGGUGGUGGAAGACUGGGCAAAGGACGGAGGAGUCCUGCUAAUGGGCUACGAGAUGUACCGCCUCCUGUCGCUGAAGAAGAGCUUCGUGGCGGGGAGGAAGAAGAAAAGCAAGAAAACAACAGGACCUGUCGUCAUCGACCUGGACGAAGAGGACAGGCAGCAGGAACUGCUCAAAGGUAUCGAGAGAGCCAUAGCCCGACCUGGUCCAGAUGUGGUGAUCUGUGACGAAGGCCAUCGCAUCAAGAACUGUCACGCCAGCACGUCCCAGGCUCUGAAGAACAUCCGAACUCGACGCCGCGUGGUCCUGACCGGCUACCCGCUCCAGAACAACCUGAUUGAGUACUGGUGCAUGGUCGAUUUUGUCCGACCUGACUUCCUAGGUACGCGGCAGGAGUUCAGUAACAUGUUUGAGCGUCCCAUUCUGAACGGGCAGUGUGUGGACAGCACGCCUCAGGACAUCCAGCUGAUGAGGUACAGGAGCCAUGUCCUGCAUAGCCUGCUCGAGGGCUUCGUACAGAGACGAGGACACGAUGUACUGAAGGACCAGCUGCCCUCUAAGGAGGAGCAUGUGAUCCUGGUCCGUCUGUCUCCCCUGCAGAGGGCACUCUACACGGAGUUCAUGACCCGCUUCAGAGAGGCAGGAAACACCGGCUGGCUCAGUCUCAACCCGCUGAAGGCUUUCUGUGUUUGCUGCAAGAUUUGGAACCAUCCUGACGUGCUGUACGAGGCUUUGCAGAAGGAAAACCUGGCAAGCGACCAGGACUUGGACCUUGAUGACAUGACCUCCACAGGACACGCCCGAUGUCCAACCGCACCCAAUCAAAAGUCCAAGCCCCUGGAGAAUCCUAACCCCAUUGGCGGACUGAGUCUCAACCAGCUGCAGGAGAAAGCCAAUCAGGUCAUCACUUACGAAUGGGCGAAGGACAUCAUGUGUGACUACAAACCCGGCAUCCUGGAGAACUCAGCAAAGAUGGUGAUGCUGUUCCACCUGAUAGAGGAGAGCGUCAGGAAGGGAGACAAACUGCUUGUCUUUAGUCAGAGCUUGUCCACGCUGACGGUGAUUGAGGAUUUCUUGGCCAAGAGACCGGUGCCCCCCUCGCCCAACACAUCAGACAGGGACAGACCCAAUCAGAACUGGGUCCGCAACCUCAACUACUACAGACUGGAUGGAAGUACCACGGCUUCAGAAAGAGAGAGACUGAUAAACCAAUUCAACGAUCCAUCCAACACCUCAGCAUGGGUCUUCCUGCUGUCAACCAGGGCUGGUUGUCUGGGUGUGAACCUGAUCGGGGCGAACCGUGUGGUGGUGUUUGACGCCUCCUGGAACCCGUGCCAUGAUGCCCAGGCCGUGUGCCGCGUCUACCGUUACGGUCAGAGGAAGCCGUGUCACAUCUACCGGCUGGUGUGUGACUUUACGCUGGAGAAGAAGAUCUACGACCGCCAGAUCUCCAAACAGGGCAUGUCAGAUCGGGUGGUGGAUGACCUGAACCCUGUGCUGACCUUCACCAGGAGGGAGGUGGAGUCUCUCCUUCACUUCGUAGAGGAAGAGCCAGACCCCUCCCAGGUCCAGCUGCAGCCACAGGACAGCAUGGAGAGCAUCCUCAGAAAGGCGCUGCACCUCUAUCCUCACUUAAUUACCAAGCAACCCUUCCCCCAUGAGUCCCUGCUGAUGGACCGCAGGGAGCUGAAGCUGAGCAGCGCUGAGAAGACAGCCGCUAGGAAGGGUUACGAAGAGGAGAAGAGGGCCUCAGUGCCGUACACCCGCCCUUCCUACGCUCAUUACUACCCUGCCAGUGACCAGAGCCUCACCAACAUCCCCGCCUUCAGCCAGAGAAACUGGCGCCCUCCCACUCGUACUGAUGAGAAGCCAAUGGCCAGUGUCCGGCCAGUCCAGUCAACCCCGGUUCCCAUGAUGCCCCGCCAGGCGUCAGCAGGCUCUGCCCCAGGCAACGAUUCAUCCAGAUCCAGCCUCGGAGGAUUCCCAGUUAACUGCCUGCAAAAAGCCGGGGUGUUUGUACAGAAGAUUGUCACCACUACUGACAUAGUGAUUCCGGGCACCAACAGUUCAACAGAUGUCCAAGCCAGGAUCACAGCUGGAGAGAGCAUCCACAUCAUCAGGGGAACCAAAGGGACUUACAUCAGGACGUCUGAUGGUAGAAUCUUUGCCAUCAGAGCAGCUAAUAAGGCCAAGAGUGCAGAGGAGAGCGCUACAGUGCCACCCAAAGAUUCGCAAGCCCCACCAGUGGAGGUUUCAACAAAUGGCAGCACCAGUUGUCUGUCACCUGACAAGAAGCAACAGGUGCCCUCCAAGACGGUGCCCCGCCCUCUCUCACCUGACAGCCCAGAGAUCAUCAACGAGUUGCAGCGCUACACCGGUGGCGCCGGAGCCGGUGCCGGUGGCACCUCGGGCUCCGGGGCCCAACCGGAGAGGGCGGCAGAGAGCAACAUGAACAACCUGCCUUCCACCAAACUGCUUCAGACCAGCGUUAGCAGUAGGAGCGGUUUUCCCAGUGGAAAUAUGAGCCACCAUGAUGCCUCUGUGACCAAUGCAAUCCAGCGCAACAUUGACACCACGGCCGCCCAAGACCUGAGAACAGGCUCCAAGCGCAAAGCCUCCACCCCGUCUUUGGAUGAGCGGCCCAGCAAGCAGCCGUCUGCUGGCAAACACUCCUCAGCUUCUCUGGGAUCACAAGGCUUCCCCUUCACCAGGGGCUAUGGACUCCCUCCACUGGGCCUCAACCCCACUAUGCUGAGUGGGGCACUGGGGCACCCACUCUUUGUGGGGGCAGGUUCGCCUUACUUCCAGCCCCCCCACACUCAACUGGGGGACCCCAGUUACAUGUACACAGAUCUAUUUGGCCUGGGAGGAGCCAGUGCAGUCCCCACCUCCUCUUCCUCCACCUCAUCGACGACAACCACCGCUACUUCCGUCUCAUCUUCCCCAUCAUCCUCAUCUUCCACAUCAGUGAAAGCUGCCAGUUUGGUUCCAGGUGCCCUGCCGCCAUUCAUGCUGAGCCCCAGCAUGGCAGGCAUGGCUGGCUUGCUCCCCCCAGGCUUCCCCCUCUCUUACAGUCAGUCCCUGGCUAGCCUCUACACAGGGUCAAUGCUCCCGGGCGGGCUGCCAGGUCCAGCUGCCACUCCUGGCCCGGCCGGAGCCAGCUUCCUGUCCCAGUACCCUCCCACUGCUGCCUCCAGCUCCUCCUCAUCUUCUCCUUCCUCCUUCUCACCCUCAGCACGGUCUGAGGGCCACCGGGGUCCGGUUCUGGUGAACAGCAGGAAUGUUAGCAGUGCCAGCAGCUCGGAUGACGACGAUGAUGUAAUUGAGGUGAGGGGACAGUGAUAGAUGAAUGAUGUGGUUGCUUGAGAAGCUUGAUUCAAUUUAAUAAUGAUCACAGUAGGACGGCCUCCUGUUUGCCAGGCUACAGGCUUCGAAGGGCCUGUGGCCGAGGCCGUGAGGGAAAUGGACAAAAAAAUGAAAGACACUAAAGUGAUGACAACUGAGCCCCUGCUAAAGUGUUUCAUCGGGUGGAAAUUGAACACAGAGUGCACACAGAGCGACAAAUUUUGAUGCUGAAUAUCAGAAGAGGAAACCCAAGGAGGGAAAAAGCUCCAGAGGGACAAAGAAAAUGAAAAUCAAAGGACUUUGGGCUUCCAAGUUUUUUUUUUUUUGUUCAAUACUGGCAUUGAAAUACUAAUCACUGGACUUAGUACUGCUGAUUGUGGGGCUGCAGUGACCACAAAUGGCCACUAGUUGUACUGUUGACUUUAGAGAUUCUAGUUCUGCAGCUUUGCUAAAUGUCAAGAAUCUUUUGCUUUAUUCAGCUAAUUAAAUGAUGAUAUUAAGGAUGGAAUUGCUUAUUAAAAAAAAGUUUUGAUAAUUAAGUUAGCUGGUGGUAACGUUUGUUAAAUAUGAGUAACUGAAAUGGUUGUUUGUCACUUUUCAAAUAUUGCUACUGAAUAUUUCUUAAAAUGGUAAAGGUUAAAAAGACGAACCAGAACUUAUAUAAAGCAUUUUGACUGAAGUUAAUAAUUCACUGCCAGGACAGGGGUGUUGCACGCUUUUUAAAAUAAAAGGAAAGGGGAUCAUCUUGACUUAUUGAGGAAGCAUUUGAGGCUUGUGGAGGAUGAGGUUGAAGUCAAUUACUGAAACCUUAAAACUCUAGUGAAAGAAUGUAUGCUUAAUCAAAUGCCUUUAAACCAGGCCUUUUUGAAAAGACUCCUAUUUAGGCAUCAGAUGUGGGAAGAUUUGAUUUUACUUUUUUUUGUGGGAGUAUUUUCUAUUUAUGUAAUCUCUUUUCCUUUUAAAAGAAAAGGAUUGCCUAAAAACAGCCAGGUGAACAUGAGAAAAAAAACAAACUGUGCUCUAGUGAGGUGUCCUCCUUGUAGCGGAGAAACAACCAACAGAAAAUGCCUUUUUGCCUCCGUCUUUCUGAAUGUUAACUGUGAGAGAGGAGAGGUAAAGAGAGACAGGCGGUCACCGUGGCUCUCUCAAUCUCACCCACAGUCUUAUUGUAGCCUAGCGAAAAACGAUGCAAAACACUCACUCAAGCCUAUAUAUGUAUUCGUACAAACCCCAGAGGAAUUGAGCUCGCAACCCCGGGUUUUGGUUUCGCUUGUGUCGUUCUUUUGUUCGUACGUUAUGCGUUGUGUUCUUAAGGGUUACAAAAGGAAUUGUUUAAAAAAAUAAAUAAAUAAAUAUAAGCUUGUGUUACUUGAUUUGGUAACUCGUUCUGGCACAGAUUCCACCUCCGCUCUGUUAGUUUUUUUUUUGUUCUUUCUCUGUCAAAUCUUAUUUUGUGAACAGAGGUCAUUGUGAAACCAAACUGAUUUUUUUUUUUCCUUUUGGAGAGAUGUUGUAGCUUUGCCAAAAACGAGAAAAUGCACAAGCACAUCAACAACCUCCACCGAAGAGGAUUGUGUCUUAAGAGACCAAAUAAUGUUGUCAAUGAUUUAGCGCAGAUUUGAAAUCCACCACCGCAACACCCUCUCUCUACAGCAUCCUCACAGCCACAGUCCAGACAUACAUAUCCAUCUCUGUAUGACCUUGCAGGUAAAACUAUACACUGCACUGCACUGUAAAAAGAGACACAAAUCUGUAUACGUCUGUAGACUGGUUGAAUGCUGGGAAAAGCUUCAUCAUGUGACCAAGUUCCCUUCCGAAUAACCGCAAACCAUCAUUCUGCUGUUCCAGUUGAUCCCCUCUGAACUGAUCUAUUAUGUUUGGCACUGUCCUUGUGUAGAAAAUCUUCUCCUCCAAAAUGGCUGCAACAAGAGCUUUAAAAACCACCAGCUCUUUUGUCGAAAAACAAAACUCUUAACAUCGUCAAGCAAAGACUAAACAUUUCCUGUUCUUUCUCUUUCAUGUAUUGUAUGUAUUCUUCAUACUGAAAUUGUUAGUUUACUUAUGUUUUAUUUUUGUUCUCCUCUUUUUACAAUGUUUGAAUUUACCAAAUUAAUUUAUUUAUGAUGGUGCAUAUUUAUUCAUUUUUAUUUUUGUACAAUGUUUUUUGGUCUCCUUUUUGUUGCUUUUCUUUAUCUUGUUUGUUAAAUUUUUAUGAUCAUAUUACUAUUGUUGUUACUACAGAUGGAAAACGCUUUGGUUUUUUGUGUUUGGUGAUUGUUUUUUUUCUAGAAGUGACGAUCUGGCAGUCUGACCCAAUACAUGUGAACUUGUGCAGAACUUGCAUGUGGACCAACCAAUUGGUGUGUUACUGUGCACGUUAAUAUCCAGGAUAGCAUCUUAAAGAAGGAUAGAGAAAAUAGAAUAUCCUGUUUACAGUAACUCUGAUCAGGUCUUGAUUAUGAGAAGAAAAAGGACUUCAGGGAUAUAUUGAUUUUCACCAUGGUGAGUUUAGAUUCCUUCAUCAGAACAUCCUGCAUGUUCAAAAGUCACAAUUUUAAUACACAUCUAAGUAUUUUAUCUGAAUAAUAUGAGCCAUUUUUGUGCAUGUAAAUGAAGCUCAUUCACUAGUAGUGGGUCAGAAACCAAGGCAGUCCAACCACUCAUUAGCUGAAAAGAAAAAAAUGAUAUCAAGUGCUUUUCUUUUCUUAAUUUUUUUUUUUUUUUUUUUGGCGUUCAUUACCAUAUCAUCAGAAAUGUCCAUCUGUGUCAUCACUAUGACGGCAAACGAGCAAGUUUCCUCGUUGAAACUGUUUGGUUGUCAGCUCGGCAUUUGCUACACUGACUGACUGCGCUUUUUUUUUCACAGCUUUCUACUUGAAUUUACAUAUUUAUUUAUACAAAUCGAUUCAGUUGGACAAGUCGAGCCGACUGUCUGAAUUCCAUUUUAGCCGAGGAGAAGAUUAAAGCUGCUGUCUUUGAGGAUUGGAUCUAGUCAAAGCCUGUUGUGUAGUUUAUCAAUGGAUAAUGUGUAUGACCUUGGAUUACUUUUAGAUCCUUUUGUUUUUUUGUUUUUUGGAAGUUUGUAAAUAAAAAGAAAUGUUCUAAAUAACACUUUUCCUAAUUUC